AUGCCUGCAAAAACAUCCCUCCAGCCACGCGGUCUUAACCAUCAUGCCUAUGCUACUCUAAAUAUGGACGAGACACACCACUUUUGGACUGAAGUCAUGGGCUGCAAGUUUCUGGGCGCAUAUGCCUUUCCAGAAUCUGGCCACGAUAAACCGAUUCCUGACAGCUACGUCCAUAGUCUCUAUGGCAUGUCUGACGGUUCCGCUUUGGCCUUUUUUGAACUAGGUCAUGGUUUUGAGAAGAAAGACGAUGGGAUCCCCAAAUACACAAAACAUCUUGCUCUAAGUUGCGAUAGCAAGGAGCAGGUGAAACAGUGGCAUGAAAAUUUCACUGCGCACGGCCUCGAUGUUAUAGGAGAAAUUGACCACGAGGGAAUGUGGCUUUCUAUUUAUGUGACUGACCCUUCCGGCCUCGUCAUCGAAAUUACGCAUCAAUCGCACACGUUCGACGAUAACGAUGCCGCAGAGGGCUUAGAGGUUUUGAGGCAGUGGCGGAAGGACAAAAUCGCUUCAAAGGAGUGA